GGGGUGACAUGAACUUUUGAAACUUCCCUCCAUGUCCCAAAAUACAGUGCAAAAUACAUCACAGUUACAUCAUGAAUACAUUAAGGAGAGGUUGGGUUACACAGAUUACAUCAUGAAUACAUUAAGGAGAGGUUGGGUUACACCGGAUUAACAUAUGGAGGAGGGAGGGGGGAUUAUGCAGAGCUGGAGAUAUGCGCAGCUAAGCACUUCCUGAGUACCGGUGAUGAGAAGUCAAUGGUCCAUGUAUGCAUAUUCUGUCACCUGGCAUUGCCCGGAGGAAAGGCUUGGCAGAGUGAUUUGACAGGAUUAGGGUCUUGACACCUUGGUUGAGGGAUUAUGGAGGACAGGGGAGGUGUCAUGGAGUCCUAGAGAAAUUGAGCAAAUUGGCACGUUGAUUUUCUAUGAAUUUUAUAGAUUUUAGUCCCUUUUGACAUUGACAAUUGGAAAUAAAUGGAUAUAUUGUAGCGAAGAAGAAGGUGAAGAAGACAUGCCCCCCCCUUCCGUAUCAACAUGGAUCCAGGAACAACACAUAUCCCAGUUUAGGAGCUGUUGUAAACAAAAAUAGCCCUUUUCCCUUAUGGGGUAUCCAAGAGCCCCAUAUAGAGUCCUUACAUAGGUUCCCUAUUGGUAGGAGAGAAUAACAGAGGCCAACCAGAGAAUAUUGAGAAGCAAAGCAGCUAAUAAGCUUGAUCUUUAUUGAUCUGUUGCAACAGGGUGCUCCCCUCACCCGCAGGAAAGGAGGAGGAACCCAGAAAAAUGGGGCGUAAGGCCUUAUAAAGACUUUUGAAAUUGCCACCCUGUAGAUCAAGACCACCCCCAGAAACAUCAUACAUACAUCACAGAAGGGGUGUAACCUAAGACCACCCCUCAGAUACAUCAUACCUACAUCACAAAAAAGGCGUCUAAAACAGAAAUUUGAAUGUUGUUUUUCUCCUGUCCUUGUUUAUCUCCUGUCUGGCAGGUUACUUGAUUGGAUUGCCUGGGGAGCCUGGCCAGUCUUUUGUAAUGAUAAAUACUUAGUUCCUGGGCCAGGUCACAGGCUCACACCCUAUUCAUAUCUUAAAUGUGCCCUUAAGACAGGAUUUGUGAGGAAAGAGACAAUGGGAGGUUUUCCCACAUUGACCUUGCAGAGAAAACAUUUGCUCAGUUUAAGAAUCAAAAUGGUUCUGGUUGGUCUUCCUGUGCUGAUCUAUGUACGUGCUUGAUUGGUAUGCUUAUGAACAUUACCAUAUAUCUAAGACCAUAAAAUUCCUAUCACACUCCUCUUAAGCCCACUCCCCUGUAGCCUUAUGAGGCUUUGCCCUCGGGUGGGAAAAAUAUUGCACCCGGGAAAGGGAAGUGGGAGUCAACAGACACUCAAGGAAUAGUUUCAGAGAAAAAGCUUUAUUUCUACCAUCCAUGAACUGGUAGAAGGAGCAAGUGUGAUAGUUCACAAAAAGCAUGCACGGGUUCACAGCCAUGUGCACAGAGCAUAUAUACCCCUUUCCAGUUCCCUCCCCCUUUCUCCUCCUUCUUCCAGAGUCCUGCCCCAUGAGUUCCUCUGAGCAUGAACAGAAAGCUGUCUUGGGACUCUUGGACUCUUGGCACCCUUCCCAGGAAAAGGGGAAUGAAAAGCAGUUCAGCCUGUCCAAAGAUGUUGCAACUAGAACAGAGCCUAUUCAUUAGCCUUUAAAAGUAACAUUUUGCCUAUGCACAGCAUCUUGUGAGAAAAGCAGAGACAAGCAGAGAAAAGCUGUUUUGGAUUUUUAGAAGACAAAAGGAGUUUUGGACACUUUUGAGGCCUGGGGUGAUUAUUGAAGCCUGGGGUGAUUUCAGACAGGAUUUGGGUAUCCUGUCCCUUCAUUCCCCCCUGUUUGUUUUUGGACAGCCGCCUGGCCUGUCCCAAAUGGACCACUAUCCUUUCUUGAGGCCACUGAUGCUUGCCCCAAGUUUGGGAGCUGGGAGCUGCCUCCUGCAAUUGUUGCUAGGUCAGCUGAACGCCUCCUUCGAUGGGGUGCAGUGGCUACCUGCUCAGGAAUCCACAUAGUAGGAAUUAGGUAGGCUGGGAAGCACACUCCAUACCAUCCCUGUGGGUGGAUAUGAGAAGCUUGCCUUCCAUAAGCCUGCCUGACACACGUCUGUGAGCAGAGACACUACCUUCCCCUUCUGAAGGCCACACCAAGCCAGAAAGAGUUCCUGGCGUGGACUCAGGUGUAAUGGUUUGGGCUGGGAACGUACAUGUCAGAUUGUCACUGGCGCUCUUUGAUUUAUUGACACAAAACCAGCCAGUAAUUCGGUGAACCUAGCCUUAUCUGUGCCAUUCGUGCACAGGGUUAUUACCAAGUCGGUGCUGUGGUUCAAGGGGGGCUUUAGUUAAGUUCUGGAGGCUCUGGGUGGAGCUCUAACAGGUGGCAAGAUAAUGAAAGGGGGCUGGGGCAUCAUUUCCCUGAUUGAACGUCCCACACAAAUACCCUUCUCCGCAGGGGUGGUGUAAGGCUAUCCAGGGGCCCAGCAACCUUCUAUAAAGUUCAGUUAUGCAAAAGGAAAGGAAAGAAAAUGUCCCCUUUUCAAUCCAUGCUGGAUUCUUCAGCUGUGCAAAGCGUCAGCGUGAUGCAGGAAGGCAGGGUGGUCAUCUCACGGGCGUCGGGGCGUCUGGUGGGCGUUGGACAUCUUGGGUCUCUUCCAACAAGGCUGGAGCGAUGUCAGGGCGUCUGGGUCCAAUCUGGGUCCUCAUCAGCUGGUUCAUAGGGAUGCAGAGGCUCGACCAAGGCACAAGGCGUUCUGGCAAAAGUCCACCUGUUAAGAGAACAGAAAAACAAAGACGGCAGCGACUGCACAGAAUAUAUUGAUAGAUAACAUUUGCACAUAAGGUAGAGGCCUAGCAAACAUGAAUCCAAAAGGGUAUGCUUGGCAGGAAACUUCGCAAGGGGUUAACAGUUCUGUUCCUUGGGUUAAGUUUUGCCAGCUGAGAUUUUUUCAAAAGUCUCAUUCCUGUGCUCUAAGUUUCAGAGCUUUUGUGGCCUGUAAGCCAUGUUGCAAAUUUUCAGUUUCCAUUUGUCAAAAAUUCUUAGUGUCCGUAACGAUGUGUUCCUUGCUUCUGGCAAAGUUUCAAAAUUCCUAUGUUAUGCUGCGGCUCCUUUUUCAGAGUAAAAUUGCACCUUAAAAAGAAAAAUCCUUUUGACAAAGUUCACAGAAAGCAUUCACUUGCUUUUUUAAGAAAGUCACUUCUUCAGGUUAGUACUUGGGGCAAGUGGGGUGGGUAACCUUUGGCCUUCGGGUUUAUGUCGCUUGACUGUAAAUCCAGACAGUGUGGGGUUCAGGGAAGCUGGCUGGGGAGAAUACAGCAAUGUCCUUCUUGGAAUAGCAGCCAAGAGAUAACGCUCUGAAGCUACCUCCAAGCGCCUGGCACAAGGGGAAAAAAAGCUGAUGUCCUGUUACUUGCAUGAUUUUUAAAAAACAGUCUGUUCACAUGCUUUCUGCAACAGUCUUUGAGCAAGAACAGAGAUGAGAAGAAAUCAUUUUUGAGAAAUCUCAUUGUUCCCAGCCAGUGGGGGUGGGGUGUGUCAGGCGUGGGGCCUGUGGGCACUCCAUUUCCCAGUGACCCUCUUGCCUGCAGAUGGCACACUGGCUUCUUCCCUAGGUGUCUUCUGCCCCUCCCGUGGAUACCCUUCGGGAUUAAGUCUUUGUCUCUGGCCUUCUGGCUGCUUGAAGACAAACCCCUAAUUAUUUUGGCCGGGUCCUCUUUGAAAGAAGGAUUCUGAUUAAAAGUGCUUGGAGGUCUGUGGUCCUGGGCGUCGGAUGACCCCAGGGGGUCGUACGCUCGAUGGGGUGGGGCCAUCAAAGUGGAGUUUUAGCUGCCUCAAUUGCAACAUCAGUAUUGUCCGCUGCCCUGAGGGCAUUUAUCUUGCGGAUUUCCUCAAUAGUCAGUAUUGUAAUCCUAGGGCUUUUAAUCCCCCGGUUUAAUUGUCUCUUUUUUUAACAGUUCUGUCCUAUGCGGCUCUCAAAGCCUCCCUUCUGUUCCUUUCUGUCAAUGCUCAUCCUUGCAUUGUGCUGCUUCUAUCCCAAGAAGCCACAUAUGGUUCUUAAAUGUGCCCUUAAGACAGGAUUUGUGAGGAAAGAGACAAUGGGAGGUUUUCCCACUUUCACCUUGCAGAGAAAACAUUUGCUCAGUUUAGGAAUCAAAAUGGUUUUGGUUGGUCUUCCUGUGCUGAUCUAUGUACGUGCUUGAUUGGCAUGCUUAUGAGCAUUACCAUAUAUCUAAGACCAUAAAAUUCCUAUCACACUCCUCUUAAGCCCACUCCCCAAUAAAAUAUUUGAAGGGGCUGGGACUCCCCCCCCCCAAAAAAAUUGAUGGGUAUUGUCAUUCAAAUUUUGUGUGUGCUGGGUCGUGUGAUUGAUAAUACUGGCCCACCCAUAUUUUAUUUAAGUUGGCACCUCUGCACCCCAGCAACCUUGUUAUUAGGAAUUGGGGUGGGCACUAAUUUUUCACCCAGGCGCAAUGAUCCCAUGUUGAAAACAAACACAUUUGCAUCCACUGUAUUAAUGGGCUGAGGGACUUUUUUAUGUGUCCUUAUGACCAACAGGUAGUGGAAGGAGCGAGCCAGAUUCUAGUGAGUGAGACUGUCCCUGGCUAUAUUACUGGUUUUCGCCCUCUCACUGGCCAGAGCUGGAGGAGCUAAUGGGCAGAGGGGGGUAAAAAGUAAACAAAGGAAUUGUACAGCACAUUAUUUACAACUUUAAAAAGAGAUACAAGGGGAAACUAAGACAAAUGAAAGAACCUGAAGGGCGAAAUCAAGUUUAUUUGCCUUUCAGCCAUCAAGUCUUUGGAUGUGAAAAGGAGCAGAGGAAAGGGUAGGCGGAUAUGAAGUCUGCUUCAAGCAGAGUGAAGAAUAAAUACAGAAAAUAGAAGGCUUUUCUUUUAAAAAGGCAACUGGAGAAGCCAUUUCAUAAAAAGAAGGCUGGGGUUUCCGUUGCCACAGUUGUUGCUGUUAUCAUUAUUUAUUUAAUUUAUAUACCGCCCUAUACCCGAAGGUCUCAGGGCGGUUCACAUAAAAUAUCAAAUACACAAAAUGAAAACAAUAACGACCCAAUAAACCCCACCCCCACCCCAAAAUAAGAGCCAGCAUUUUUAAAAGGCUAUAAGAUGUAGAUCAUGUCAAGCAAAGGCCUGGUUAAAAAGGAUCAUUUUUGCCUGGCAAACUUCUCUGGGGAGAGCAUUCCACAGGCGGGGAGCCACUGCAGAGAAGGCCCCUUUUUGUGUUGCCACCCUCUAGACCUCUCAAAGAGGAGGCACACGAAGGAGGGCCUCGGAAGAUGAUCUCAGGAUCCGGGUAGGUUCAUAUGGAAAGAGGCGGUCCUUGAGGUAUUGCAGUCCUGAGCCAUUUAAGGCUUUAUAGGUCAAAACCAGCACCUUGAAUUGGGCCCGGAAACUAAUUGGUAACCAGUGCAGUUGGGCCAGGAUUGGUGUAAUAUGCUCAAACCGUCUUGCUCCAAUGAGCAACCUGGCUGCUGAAUUCUGCACCAGUUGAAGUUUCCGAACCACCUUCAAAGGCAGCCCUACGUAUAACGCAUUGCAGUAAUCUAACCUUGAGGUUAUCAGAGCAUAGACAAUAGUAGUUAGGCUAUCCCUGUCCAGAUAGGGGUGUAGCUGGGCCACCAGCUGAAGCUGAUGGAAGGCACUCUGGGCCACUGAGGCGACCUGAGUCUCAAGAGAUAGCAAAGGAUCCCGGAGUUUAUCCAAGCUACGAACCUGCUCCUUCAGGGGCAGUGUAACCCCAUCCGGAGCAGGCGACCUCCCAGGGUUAAACAACAUGGGGGAAGGAAUUAAGCCCUGCAUAACCCCACAUUGGAGGUUCCAUGGGGCUGAAAAGUAACACCCUCUGGGAGCGACCAUCCAAGUAGGACUAGAACCACUGCAAAGCGGUGCCACCUGCUCCUAGUUCGGAGAGUCACUCCAGAAGGAUACCAUGGUCAAUGGUAUUGAAAGCCGCUGAGAGGUCGAGAAGAAUUAACAGGGACAUGUUUUCCUUGUCUUUCUCUUGACAGAGGUACAGGGCGACGAACGCCAAAACCAGUUUCUGUGCCAAAACCAGGCCAACCCCCCUAUUGAAAUGGAUCCAGAAAAUCAGCUUCUUCCAAAAGCACGUGGAUCUAGUCUGCGACCACUCGCUCCAGAACCUCGCUCCAGAAGUUAGAAAAACCAAGAUUGGGAAGAUUUUAACACAGGUAAGACUUAGAAGUGAGAAGGGUAGGGGAAUCCAGGGGGAAAGAAAGCUGUGCAUGUGAUAAAGAGCAAAGCAGAGGGGGAGAAGACAACAUAGUUCCAUUUAAUUUCAUGUUAGCGCAGGUUGCGUUGUUGACAAAAAUGGUUUGCAGCCAUUUUGUGAUAGCUUCAUUGGGACUAUAGAUAAGCUCCUUUGCUAAUGGGCAGAACUUCAUUUUAUUUAUAAUGUUGCUUCCAAGGAGUAGAAUAAUAAACCCUCUUGAGCAGCAGGCUUAAAAGUGGUGGCAUUUGGCAUAUGAAGCUAGGAAGUGGCGUUGUUGUUGUUGUUAUGUUGUUGUUGUUAUAUUUUAAUAAUACCCCACCCUUUUCCCUGAUGGGAAUCAAGGCAACUGACAAGCAUUCCGGGAGCCACUUCAGAUUGGUGAAGUUAGAAAAGAUUGAAGACAUGAAAAGAGAAACAACUAUUGAACCAGAAAAGGUUUGGAAGCCACUAGGAUCAAUAACUGGUUCUGGGGUAAGCAAAAAAGGGGGAAAUAACUGAGAAAGCCACAAGGAGCAGCAGCAAACAGCAACCAACCAAGGGUGAGAGUAUUAUACCUAAUUGUAGUUACUGGGCAACUGCAGAAGAGGGUCACCAAAAUAUUGUUGAGUUUUUGUUCCUUCAGAUGUGUAUAAAUCCAGAAGGUUCCAAACAUGCCAGCAUUUUGGAUCCUCGCCAGUAAUUCUGUUCCUAAAGUAAUACAUUUAGCAUACCCAUUUUAAAAGCUGAUGCAUCAAACUGCUUCCUUUGUAACAGUUGCCUUGCUGAUUUCAGUGUGAAAAAGCAAAUAAGGCAUUUUGAGGGUGAAUCUACUGAUGGCAAUGGUAGAGGCGGCCUGGUAGAGGCAUUGGAGUGAGUAGAGGUUGUCACCAUUUUGCCAGCCAUUUCUAAGCAAAAAAAGUCCAGCAAACGUUUAAGAACAUACAAAUUCAUAGUUAGGGAGGAUGAGCCUUGACCAUUUUUUCCUGUGCAUAAAGGGCAGAAAAUGUUGUCUGCUAAUGGUAAGGCUGAAAUGACUGAGAAAAUGUUUGAAACCUUAUGAAUCCUGACUCUCUGGCCAUUUCUACUCAUACCUAAGGGGGUGGCUGAUUGUUCCACUAAUGACCAGAGCAGGGCCACACAAAAUAAUAACAACCCACAUUUGUGAAACAUUUUGGAAUAGAGGUCUGUACCCUUAAAUCCUGUAGAUAAAGGAGGCAUGUAGCUCCCAAUUUUCUUUGCCUGGGGUACAGGUAUGUAUGUUUAGUGCAGGAAACAUGAUCCAUAAAUGCUGAGACUUUAUUAGAUAUUUAAUUUGACCCAAAUUGUAUUACUGGCUUUUUGGUGAAAAUUUGCAUGAUAGGGUUGAUAGUUGCUGGGUUUCCAACAAAUACUAAAAUUUGGAUCCUCGCCAGUACUUCUGUUCCUAAGGUAAUAUAUUUAAAAACCUGGUGUAGCAAACUGCUUCAUUUGCCUGUAACCUCUCACUUGGUUACCUUCGACUGCAAUGGUAGCUUCUAUUAAAAAAACUUUUGAAUUAUCAGGGGUGGCGAUAGGGACUAAUAACUAACAAGUAAUCUCUAAAUGCUCUACCGUAAUUAUAGUAGCAAUACAGUUGUGUGUCUUCUGGCUGAAGGUCAACUAGGUGAGUAUCUUGUGCUUGGCUGAGGAGAAAAUCUCUGUUGGGUUCUGCCUGCAACUCUUUGUACAAAGAUUCUUUCAGGUCGCAGUGAGGGGGACCAUUCAAGCACCCUGAGCCUGUUGGAGAAAAGGUAGGCUCUAAAUGGAAUAAUAUGUCAAAUAUGCAAACUAAAUAUUCCAAAGAGCUUGUAUUAAGCAAUGUUGGUUAUUCAAUCCCUUUCUCAGAAGAGCUGCAAACUCAAAAGCCUAAUGCAGUCGCUCUCCGUGUUUCGACCUGGAGGGACUUCUCUUGUCGGGACACCACUGCAGGGGAGGCCUUUUCCUGUGCCGCCACCACCACACAAUAAGGUACAUCUUUGGGUGGGACAGCCAUCCUUGUUUUGUUCCAGCUCUUUUUUUUACAGACCUCACAGAGCUACCUGUGCCUGAAGCAGAUCUGCUCCAUUGACAAAGGGCAAUAUCAGAGCUCUUGAUACAUCAAGUGAACAUGUGCAGUGUAGGGUUGAGAGACACCUGCAUCUUUAGGUAACCUGCUGCUUUAGCUCCUGUGUCUGGAGGGGAGGGCUGCUGAAGAUCCUAGUCUCUUCCAGGUGCAUCUCAGUGACACAAGAAAUAGAAUUUUGCAAGCCUUCAGGAAACUUAACGGCAAGUGAACUUCACACUCUACAAUUCAGUGAUAUUCUUUAGUAGAAUCCUUUUGUGCUGGCCUCUCCAUUUCCCCUCGCUUGAUCUCUUCACAGUUCUGUCGAAGAGCCCACCACACUCACUCAGGUGAAGCCAGCUCUUCCUGCAGAAGUCAGGUUAGUAAGAACAGUGGUGUUCAAAAAACAUUUCUUUGGAAUUGGUGGGAAAGAGCCGGGGACAAACUAAUGAGUCCAGAUUGCUUUUCACAGGCCAGCAGAAGGAACUUCCAGGCCCAUGAAUUCACACUUCAGAGGGACGUACAAAAAGGUGAGCAUAAAGGCAGAGUUUUAAGACUGGAACCAGUCUCUCUGUUCUGCUCUGCAAAUUAAUGGCAGUGAAAAUGGCACUCUGUGACAAACACAUAUAGGUGAAUAUCCCUUGCUUGGCAAGGGAUAAAACCUCAAUUGUGUUCUGUCUGCAACUUCAUAGCUCUUAAGGGUUUUCUUUUUCCUGAGAGAACAUUCUGUAUUCAGAGUGUUCUCUCAGGUUUUGCUUUUCACCUUGUUGCAUUGCCAAAAAAAAAAGAGCAAAAGACACUGGUGGUCGGCGCUCCUGGUUUCCAGGACGGGGUUCAAGCCCCUGCGGUGUCCCUGCUUACUUCCAAUGCAACCCCUCUCUCUCUCUCUCUCUCUCUCUCUCUCCCCCUUAAGAACUAAAUGAAGCAAAGUGCUCCUCUGAUUUAUCACUGGUGUGUGUCUAAGACAAGGUGGAUUACAUGGAUGCUUCCCAUCCUAGCACUCCUUGUCAUAGGGAACAAAAUACUUAUUUCUUUUAUGUAUAUAGAAAAGACUGUCUAUUAAUUUUGCAUUGUUUGUUUAGGAAGUAACAAAUACACAAACAAACGGAUCCUAUUUAGAUUAUUCAGAAUGUGGGAUGAAAGAGGAAAUGGCAUGACGUUUACUCUUUAACAGAAGAAGAACAGCAAAUAUUCAUUUGGCUAAGUGUCAAUGGCUACUCUAAGCAAAGACAUGUCCAAUUUCUGCAAUUGGGAGUAUCUGCAGAUGCAAUAUUGCAUGUUCAGUCAGGCCCUUUUAUUUUCUCCUGAUCCUGAGGAAUGCGGUUUGACCCUAAGUAAGUUUACUUAGAAGGAAGUCUGUGUGCUUCCAAAGACUUACUCCCUAGUAAGUGCACUUUGGGGCAGGGCUAUAGCAUGUGUUGUAUGCAGGGGGUGGGGUCCCAGGGACUUCCGGAUAAGGCUGCUAGGAAAGAUCCUUACAGAGCCACUGCAAGUCGGCGAUACCCACACAUUAGAAGAACUAUCCGCCCAGAUCUUCAGGAGGGCCAGAAUUGCAUUGUGCAACAUUUUCCACAUUAGGUUGUGGAAAUUUCUUACUUACUUUGGGGCGGUAUAUUGCUGAAGGGAACGACACACCUUUCCCCGCAGUGAGAUUUUCAAAUUCCACACUUAUCUGAAACAUGCACAUUUCUGCUAGUUAUCUAAGGAAAUAUUGUACAGUAAACUGGAAGAGGAAGUGUGAGUCACCGGUGCUCCCAUUCCCCAAAAUGUACAUAUAUUAGAUAUACAGUACUGGGGAAUAGGAGCACCAAUGACUCGCACUUCCUCUUCCAAUAUUUAUUUUAGUGCGUGUAAUUCCCCUCUUUGAGAAAGUUCCAAAAUUACUGAAUUAGAAAAAAGUGCAUGUGGCACUAAAUGUGACACUUGUUUGGUACCCAUGUUCUGGGCCUGGUUACAUGCCACAGACGUGCUCUGGCUUGGCCAGAGACCAGCUUGUAAAGUUAUACAUGAUUCUAUAAGCCACCGUGUUCACCAUAAAUCUACAUCAAUACUCAUAAACCUCUCUGUUUGUUGUUUUACAGCUUUCUCAGAAAAUCAAGCAUGUGUGAAAGGUCACAGCCACGCCAUAGAUGCAAAGCACAUUUAAAACACAUGGUCUCUCCCUCACACCCAGAAUCGUAGCAACUAUAGUUUACCCCUCACAGAGCUAUAAUGCUUAGCGCCUUUAACAAACUACAGUUCCCAGAAUUCUCUGGGGAAGCCAUGUGCUUUAAAUGUAUAGUGUGAAUAGGACCAAAGUUCCACCCGCAUUUUGUUGCGUCUCAUAGAUUUCUCCACUGACAGAGUUGGGGAAGAGCACAGUAGUUUCCUUGCACACAUGCCACUCCUUUCAGUGAGGCGCAAGAGAACUUUAUGGCUGGCUGUGCCCUUAAAAUAUAACUGUGCCUGCAAGCUCUGUUGGAAGAUAAUAGUCUAGUAUAUGAUGUAUGUUAGGUUGGAAGUGGAAUUCUGUUGCCAUUGCAGUAUCAGCUGUCAGCAAAUUCCAAUCAGAUAAUGGGACGGCAGACUAGACAGAGUAAGCAGGUCCUGUACUGCUGUAACUGGAAUGUUGCUAGGUAUCUAACAUGAUUCAUAUUCUGAAUGUAUUUCAGAACAUGUUAACACAUCAUCUGGGGAAAUUAUACUAAUGGCACUACGCUCUAAUGAGAGUAUCAUAAGGCAAUCACCAAAAAAUGGGCAUAUUCUGCUGUUCCCCCUAUGCUAUGGAAUAACAUCAGUUUCUGCGCACAGCUUGUAAAGACUUUACCUUUCCCUGACCCAUAGGAUUGGACCUAGUUCUUUUGUGCUUGAAUCUCUUCCAUUUUUAUUUGCUCUUACAUACUGUUGUUUUACUGGUUUCAGGUUGUAUUUUGGUUUGAACAUUAUUGUUUCGUUUUUAUGCUUUCUACCUCUAGGAGUAGUUUUUUUGUUAACAUAUUAAGCCCACUUAUAAAUGCUUUUAAAUAAAUAAAAUAUGAUAUUCUUUCCUUCCAGUCUGUCCCUUCCUAAUCUUGAGAUAAUUCACAGACCAUACAGUAAUAUAAAAACAAGAAAAAUAUCCACACCCAUUUGGAGGAAGAGGAGUGGUUAACCAUCUGGCAUGAAACUGAUAUAAGCAACAUAUAUUAAAGGCCAUUUUAAAAAGAAGUAUUUUACUUAUUUUGCUUAUAGCCCUGAGCUAAGGAGAUAAGUAACUAUACAACCUUUAGAAGACACCUGAAGGCAGCCCUGUAUAAUGAAGUUCUUUAAUGUUUAAUGAUGUUUUUAUAUAUGUUGGAAGCCACCCAGAAUGGCUGUGGCAACCCAGUCAGAUAGGAGGGAUAAUAAUAAUAAUAAUGGAAUAGGACAUCCCUAUUUUUAUCAGAGAAAUGUUGGAGGGUGUGCAAGUAUGAGGGAUUUAAACAAUUAAACCUCCAAACUAUCCUCUAUGUCCCAGCUAUGCAGACGGCAGGGUAACCAUCAUAUCGCUGUGCCCGUUUCCAAGUUCACAUAAACAGCUCAGGAGAAUAUCAUUGGUGAUGGCAUGAAAAACUGCCAAGAAAGCCAUGAGAAUAAAUAGGGUUGCCUUCCCCUUGUUCCUCUCUAAGCCCAGGCCAUCAGGGCAACCAAGGCAGUUUUGGUGUUGAAAGUGGAACUGAAACGCAAUUCAAAUGAGCCUAUAAAUCAGCUUAAUGAUUUAAUUGACCAAUUAAGUUGCAUGAAACCAAAUACACCUGUUUGUCUGUUGGAAUACUAACUUUCCUGAUGUGGUACCAGAAGAAAAAGCUCUGUUAAAUAUACAGAAUGCAGAAAUGAGCUGUAGUACAUUGAAAAUAUUUCACAUAUGUGCUGCUGUACAUCUGCUUUCUGGCUCAUAGGGAAUGACACAGAGCAAAAGUUUUACGUUUCUGCAAUUCUUUGGGCAGAAACAAAAAGCAGCUACCUGAUCUUACAGCAGCGUCUUGUUUGUUUUCACUGCUCAUUUUCUGGGAUGUAAAACCUGUUUUCCUAAUCCAUCUGAUCCAAGUUGGAAAGGGUGAACAUAUCCUCUCUUCAAACAAUCAUCCGGGCAAAAACAAACAAUGUCAUGUUACAGCAAAAACAUACUUUUUGUUCAGUUUGAUGAGUCAGAAUGUAAAAACUGUGUUGCUGAAUCAGCCCAAGAGCCACAAACUCCCAUGUUCUGUUUAGGACAGUAGCCAGCCAAAUGUUUCUGAAAAAUUUCCAAGCAGAUUCCAAGUGGAUCCCUUCUCAGCGUCUAGUAUUCUGAAGUAUUCAGCCUUCUACAUAGAUAUGAAAGCUAAUCGGCACUAAUAGAUUGUUUUUGUACAGCACUGUUGACAUGUAAACAUCUCAGUACAUUAAAAUACAUGAAAAAAAUACACGCGAACCAAUGCAGUCAGAGGUUUGAGUGUCGGACUAGGACUUGGGAGACCAGGGUUCAAAUCCUUGCUCUUGGCCAUGAAGCUCACUGGGUGACCUUGGGCCAAUUACUGCCUCUCAGCACAACCUACCUCUCAGGGUUGUUGUGAGAAGGGGAGGAGGUGAACCAUGUGCACCACCUUCAAGUUCCUUGCAGGAAAGGUGGGACGACAGUGUAAUAAAUACCUAAGAAAUACAAGGCAUGCAACGGCAUUCAGAUUUCAGACUGUCUUAGAGCAAGAGGGAACUGCAGGUUCUUUUUUGCUCAUGACUGUAGAGUCAUAUUUCUUCUUUUCCAGUUGCAGGGAGACAGCACCACUCAUUUGUAAAGGACUCCUCCUUCACAUUCUGUUAAGUUGUGGGUGAACAUAUCAGACAACAUAGUGAUUCUUCGAACAGCUCUUGCUUAUUCACAGGCCAGGACAGAACUGAACUAAAGGGUUCAGCCAGCCUGCUUAAUAUAGAGCUCCACUACAACGCAACAGUAACAACUUUCUGUAACUAUCCAAUCACUGAACGUCACUUUCAAUUCCUUAUUUGCAUAUGUGGACCUGAGUGAAAACUAUCUACAGUAUCCCCCUGCUGGCCCAGGGUGGGAACUUCAGUACAUAACACAUUCCAUAGUUGUGAAGCAGAGGGGAUUUCAGCAGAUGUAGUCUGCAUGGCAAGCAUCCAACAUCCCUGAGUGCCACCUACACAACUGUUUAAUAGUGCAGUAUCCCCAUCUUCCUUCUCAUCUGGCUAUCUUAAAUUUUCUCCACCUCUAUCUAUAUCCCAUAUUAUUAUUGCUUCCUCUAGCUAUGAUUGUGUCUCCAAGUUUUGGAAGCUCAGGCACAACCCUCAGUUUCCAAAGAUCUUGCAGAAUGUCUGCAGGAUUUGCAGCUGAAAACCAGAACUCUGUAUUUGGAAAGGAAAAAGCCCCAAUCAGGUACCAGUCUAACAUUUUAUGAUUCAAGGAACCCUCAGAUAAACAGGUUUGAAAUAAGACAGACUUCCCAACGACUGAAAUACAAACAGACGCACUGCUAGAAUUUUCAAUAACACCUUUGUACAUUUCUCUGCCUUGCCGGAUCAUUAUCACUAGUUAGUACCAGGCUGAUCCCGGAGAGCUGAUUAAUUAAUUAGUUAAUGAUUUAACUGUGGCCUCGAAGAGUAAUUGUUAAUGAUUUAAUCGUGGCUUUGAAGAUACGGAGAACGGUAUUGUUAGUAGCAAUAAGCAUUUAAGGAAUGCAGCAGCGUACUUUACAAAUCUGAAACUGAAGUUUUAGUGCCUGAGGUGGAAAAUGGAAAUGGUGUUCCUGGUUUACACUAAUUAAUGUGGUGGAACACAUUCUAUCUACUGGGGAAUUCUCCGCCAGCCCUAUUAAAAUGAACAGAAAUUAAGCAGGAACAUGAAUGACAGAGUAACUUCUGUUCAUUUCAAUUGGGUUUUCACAGACUGUUCUGGUGAAAUAUGCUCCGUGGUUGUUAAGGACAAUCAAAGAAACAUUUGAACAUUUUAGCGUAGUAUAGGAUAGGAUUGAAAUAUUUUUUUAGGAUAUACAACCAGAACCAGUAUCCAUGCCUCUCUUCAAGGGCAUUGGCGAUUCUUCUACGGUUUUCCAUGACAUAUUGUUGAGAACAGGGAUUUUCAACUCUGACAAAAAUGGAAAACAAGAAAAGAGAAAGGCUUCUUUUUGUUGAUGAGGAGAGUUUGUUUGUCUCAAAUUAGGCUGAGUAUAAUUGAGAUUAUCCAGCAGAAGCAAACUCAUACUUCUCAUUGAGCUUGUAUACAUACCUAAGGUACAUAUAUUCUGGGAAGUUUUUAAUGUGUGACAUUUUAAUGUAUUUUUAAUCAUUGUUGGAAGCCGCCCAGAGUGGCUGGGGAAACCCAACCAGACGGGCAGGGUACAAAUAAUAAAUUACUAUUACAUAUGUAAGAGGCUUGUUUAUAUUUUGGGAAUUAUUCAUGUUCUUAUGUUUUCUAUUUUCGGGAUGUCCCGUGAUUGUAUUAUAAAACAGUUGCGUUCUAUGUUUUAAAUCAAGCACUGCUAGGAAUUGUUGCUUUUUGUUUUCCAAGUUAUUUAUUAUCAGUCUUGGAAUGGCAGUCUGCCUUCCUACCAUGGCCAUACAGUAGUCUAGGGAGUGCUGAAGCCGCAUAAUUUUCAGUUAGAAAGUUACUGGUGGAAGGCUGCUUUCCAAAAUCAAAACAGGGCCUGGAGUCUCGUUGCAGAGCUCCUGCUUGUGUUGACUGGAACAUGUCGACUUUGGUAGGGCUGCAGUUUUUAACCAUGCUGUUUUAAUCACAAUAGGACUUGUACAGCACUCAUUUAGGAAAAUACACCAUUUUAUAUAUGCUGAGUCCCAUUGUCUCUUCACUACAUACAUACAGUGCAUCCUUGUAUUUCCACAGACAGGAGAAGAGCUUUCACGGAAAAGGGAGGCCUGUAUUAUUUUCAGAAAAUAUUUACUCCAUACCUCUUAUUUAGAAAUUAAGCCAUACUACAUGACAUAAGUUUUUGAAUUCAUGUGUUAUUUACACUGGCAUAUCCCUUGCUGAAAAGCUAAACACACACACACACACACACACACACACACACACACACACACUUUUAAAAUGUGAGGGAAACUUCCUUCUGGUUUGAUGCAGUUAUUCAGCCUUUCUGUUCCUUUGCACCUGUCUUUUCUGUUUAGGCUGUGCACUUUAAUGGAGCACAAACACAGAUAUUUUACGCACAAUAUCCUGAAACACUCCGGCUGCUGAUUUCUGAAGGUCACGCUCCUCUUAAGAAACAACAACAGGGCAAAUAAGUUUUAUACACACACUCACGCAAAACCAAGCAGUCGGCAACAUCAGUUAUAUUCCACCGGCUUCUAAGCUGACUGGCUGUAAAUGAAAACGAACACUGAUUAAACUUUCUGAAAGAAAAAUUAUAAUGCAGUGGUGACGGUCACCAAAUGCACAUGAUCUUGUCCUUGGAGCAACCCCGUCCUCUGGGGCAGCUGGAUAGUCUGCAACUCAUGCCUCUUCCUGGCAGCAGUGGCGGAUGAUGUGCGGAGCAGACAGAGCAGCUGCCUUAUGCAAAGGCAGUUUCUUGCACAUGCUGCGGAGGUAAGUGCAGGGCAGAAGGGGCUCAUCAAACUGGAAAGACAGCCCAUUUAGGAGAAAGAAAACCAGUCCUAAACCUCUCUUGCCUUGCAGGGUUAUCUUCGGGAGACGAAAGGGCCAGGGAGAAAAUCCUACACGAAUCAGGAGCGGAUUCCCCAAGAGACAGCACCCUAUACGCCUCCUUUUGGCAACUCCUGCAGUCCAGCUGGUGUCAGAUGCCUCACUCUGCUUUCCUUUGGACCACAUCAGCAAGGCCAGGAGGAGGGUCUUGCAGCCCAGGAUCUCCACACACACUGCCCAGGCUUGUACCCUGGAGAGGGUACAGUGGUACCUCUGGAUGCCAAUGGGAUAUGUUCUGGAGCCCCGUUCGCAUCCUGAAGCGAACGCAACCCGCAUCUGCGCUUGCGUGGGUCGCAAUUCGCCGCUUUCGCGCAUGCACGUGACGUCAUUUUGACCGUCUGCACAUGCGCGAGCGGCGAAACCCGGAAGUAACACGCUCCGUUACUUCCGGGUUGCCGCGGAGCACAACUCGAAAAUAUUCAUCUUGAAGCUACUUCAACCAGAGGUAUGACUGUACUUCUGAACCAACUGCAGCUUCUGAACUAUCCUUGAGGGUAGCCCUACAUUAGGUGCAUUGCAAUAAGCUACGCCCUGUCCCGGUCCAGGAACGGCAGUCUUUCUCCUGUACUGAACAUAUUUAAAGGUGCUUUUUUUUGUAUUUUUCACAUCCGUAAUGUGAAUAGAGUUGUUAGCUGUUGUCAGCAACCGUCUGGCUUUCACUUAUCUCUUUAACAGCAACAUGACCUGCAUAAAUCCGCCAGUAGUACUUUCUAGAUACUGUACAGAGAUAAGCAGAGGUAAGCAAACCAAGCUUCUGUCAAAGGCAAAGAAGGAGGAAGAGGAGGGGGACCAUAAAAAAAGUUGGCAGCCUUAAGAGUACACCUUAGAUUGUUAAAGUGUAUACCACAAAAGUGGAAGGUGUGGCUUUGAAAAACAGGUGUUUGAAAGCAUGUGUAUCCUGCAAGUGACCUGUGCCAGAGAGCCAGGAUGGACUUCAUCUCCCUGCUCAGUGAGCAUACACUGAACGUCAAACUCAGGCUUAUUGCUGUGUAUUGUGGGAUUAAUGAAUUAUUUCCCAUGGGGCAUUAUGAUUUUAUUAAUGUUAGUAGCAUGCACAUAGUGUAAUAUAAGCAGGAAAGCAGUACCAGCCACAGGGAAGCUUUCCUCAGCUGGUUAGAGCAUGGUGCUGAUAAUGCUAAGUUUGCAGGUUCAAUCCCCAUAUGGGACAACUUCAUAUUCCUGCAUUGCAGGGGGUUGGUCUAGAUGAUCCUCAGGAUCCCUUCCAACUCUACAGUUCCAGGAUUCUAUUAUUCCAUCCUGCAUUCCUGGAGCAGAGUCUGUUUUGGAGAAACACUAAGUGAGGAUUUGAACUCCAGCCUCUAUUUCUGUUAGCCCAACACUCUUAAGGCGUUCUCCCUAUACCUGUUCCCCUCUAGGCGUUUUGAACGAUGGCUACCUCCAGACAACCUGUUUAUUGAGCAUUCAUUCUGAUUUGCUUUCAGGGAGAGCCGAGCAAUUGCUACCUCACAACUUCGAGUGCGAUUUCCCUGUCACUUUCCUUGCUGCAAAAAGGCCCGUUUGCCCUGGAAGCAGGUUUGUUGCACAAGAGCACAAAAAAACCCCCCUUUCGUUGCACAGCCUGAGUUUGCUGGUACAGUGGUACCUCGGGUUAAGUACUUAAUUCGUUCUGGAGGUCUGUUCUUAACCUGAAACUGUUCUUAACCUGAAGCACCACUUUAGCUAAUGGGGCCUCCUGCUGCUGCUGCGCUGCCGGAGCACAAUUUCUGUUCUCAUCCUGAAGCAAAGUUCAUAACCUGAAGCACUAUUUCUGGGUUAGCGGAGUCUGUAACCUGAAGCGUAUGUAACCUGAAACGUAUGUAACCCGAGGUACCACUGUAUGUGAUUGAAUCCUACAUGGAAAAAAAGCAACCGUCUGGAAGCAGCCUAAAAUUCCUAUAAUCCCCAACUGGCCCCACUGGGGAGCUCUGGGAAGUGUAGUUCUUUGAAGGAAACAGGCGUCUCUUAACUACUCUCAGCAGGCUGAAGAAACUGCCUUGAAACUGAGGAGCAGAAAAGAAGCGAACUCUGGUUUCUGCUGUUGGGACAGGGGACAUCACACCACUCAUCCAGACGCCCGGCAAUAAUAUCAAGGCAAGAGAGACACCAACCUGGCUUCCAUCAGAGCUUGCUUCUGCCAGAAAGAACGCCCAGCUCCAGUUCCCUGUUAUUACCCUGGGAGUGCUGUGGGAAAGGACACUCUGGCUUCAAGCAUCAGCCAAAAGAACAAAAUCUGCCAGCCGUUAUUCAAGCAAGAACAGCAGCAAGGGCAGGUCUGCCGGGUCCUAGCAAGCUAUAAAUGCUUGCACUGCUUAUAGCUCACCAUUCUGUUUUGGCAUUAAAAACUGAUUUUCCUCCCAGCACUUUCCUCCUCCAGCU